AUGCGAAUAAUCAAUGAGCCAACUGCUGCUGCCAAUGCUUAUGGUUUGAACAAGAAGGCUACUAGCGUUGGUGAAAAGAAUGUGCUUAUUUUUUAUCUGGGUGGUGGUACUUUUGAUGUCUCUCUUCUUACAAUUGAAGAGGGUAUUUUUGAAGUGAAGGCCACUGCUGGUGAUACUCACCUUGGAGGUGAGGAUUUUGAUAACAGAAUGGUGAACCAUUUUGUUCAGGAGUUCAAGAGGAAGCAGAAGAAGGACAUCAGUGGAAACCCCAGAGCUCUGAGGAGGUUGAGGACUUCUUGUGAGAGGGCUGAGAGGACCCUCUCAUCCACUGCUCAGACCACCAUUGAGAUUGAUUCUUUGUUUGAGGGUGUUGAUUUUUACUCAACCAUUACCCGUGCCAGAUUUGAGGAGCUUAACAUGGAUCUCUUCAGGAAAUGUAUGGAGCCUGUUGAGAAGUGUUUGAGGGAUGCCAAGAUGGACAAGAGCACUGUCCAUGACGUGGUUCUUGUUGGUAGGUCUACCAGAAUUCCCAAGGUGCAGCAACUUCUGCAGGACUUCUUUAACGGGAAGGAGCUUUGCAAGAGCAUUAAUCCAGAUGAAGUCGUUGCCUAUGGGGCUGCAGUUCAAGCUGCUAUUUUGAGUGGUGAGGGUAAUGAGAAGGUUCAGGACCUAUUGCUCUUGGUUGUUACUCCUCUGUCUCUUGGUUUGGAGACUGCUGGAGGUGUAAUGACUGUUUUGAUUCAAAGAAACACCACUAUACCGACCAAGAAGGAGCAGUGUAUGAGGGUGAGAGGACAAGAACAAGGGACAACAACUUGCUUGGUAAGUUCUGGCAUUCCCCCUGCUCCCCGAGGCGUCCCCCAGAUCACUGUCUGUUUCGACAUUGAUGCAAAUGGUGUAUUGAAUGUCUCUGCCGAGGAUAAGACCACUGGCCAAAAGAACAAGAUCACAAUCACCAAUGACAUGGGAAGACUCUCCAAGGAAGAGAUAGAGAAGAUAGUGCAGGAGGCCGAGAAGUACAAGUCCGAGGAUGAGGAGCACAAGAAGAAGGUGGAAGCCAAGAACGUGUUGGAAAACUAUGCCUACAAUAUGAGAAACACCAUCAAAGAUGACAAGAUCAGUUACAAGCUCCCAGCAGCUGACAAGGAGAAGAUCGAAGAUGCCAUUGAGGAAGCAAUUCAGUGGCAGGACAGCAAUCAGCUUGACGAGGCAGAUGAAUUGAGGACAAAAUGA